GCUGCAGGAAGCUGCAGUGUGUUCUGCAGUGUGCUGUAAUUGUGCCGCUGUGUGACUGCGAUGUCGAAGCUCUUUGGCUCAAGAGCUUGUUAAGCUGGAGAAAAGCAUAAGUGGUUCCUCAUGGUGGUUACGGAAUAUUUCCAUUCAAUUCUCAAUCUUGUUUCCGAGUCUCCAUCAUCCCCCGUUACUUACAGUCUGUUUGUUCGUACAGUGUUUUUACUCGUCAGAACAGAAUCUCAUUCACGCCAAAAUGCAUUUUACUUUCCCAGCCAUCUCACCCUUCCUAGAGCUUGUUCAACAUGCGCAGGAGAUUCCGGACAAGAUUAUAGUCCGUGACCAUUACUCCAACAGGACAGCUACAGCUGGUCAGUUGCUGCAAAGUGUUGCUGCACUUCGUGAGCAGAUACAAUCCUCACAGCAACAAAAUGGGACCUCCAAUGGCGUCAACUCCAACGCUGUCAGCACCAAUGGCACCAAUGGCGUUUCGGCUAGUCAGAACAAAUUCUACUACCUCAUAGCUGCUCCGGGACUCGAAUAUUUAACUUCUAUGCUUACAAUUUUCUCCCUUGGCGGGGUCAUGUCAGCGCAGUCUAUUGUUAUUAAGCCAGAGGAUGUGUUGCGCCUUUUCCGAGUUGCAAAGCCCAAGGCUCUUUUGCAUGCGUCGUCUCUUGCUGAGAAAGUGGAAGCAGUCAAGGCCCUCUGUGCUGAACAGGAUAAUGGCACCUUCUCCCAUCUCCCAUUCUACAGUGUCGGACUUCCAUCUCUCGAGAAAUCGGAAUCCCAUACCUACGGUACAGAGCCAGCAUCUGACGAAAUUGCCGCGCAAAAUGGUACAUUGUUCUUCACCUCUGGCACCUCCGGCAAACAGAAGGGUGUAUUGCAUUCCUACGCCGCACUCCUCGCAUCAGCAAAGGAGCGCAUUCAAACCUGGAAAAUGACCAAGAAUGAUGUCUUCCUCAACCAAAAGCCAGGAAACUGGAUGGGCGGCAUUUUUGGCAUUUUGCCCAGUUUAAUCUCGGGAGCUUGCUUGGAAACAUGCGCAGGAGUCUUUGAGCCGAAAUGGUUCUGGCAACGUAUCAAAGAAGGCGGUGUCAGCGUAUUCGACGUGGCGCCUACUGGAUAUGACAGACUCGCCUACUACUUUGACGAGCAUAUUGCUGUACUUCCUGCCGAUGAGGUAGAAGCACAUAUCCAAGGAAUGAUUGAAGUGAGAGUCGCUGGUGUCUCCGGAUCGCUGCUUUCGCCACAUACACAGAAGAGAUGGACAGAGCUCCGCCGUGGCAAACCGCUCCUGAACCUAUACGGAUCAACAGAAAUGACGCUGAUUUGCAGCAUGAGCUGGGAGAAUCCAGACUACCCCGAUAUGUGCUCCAUUGGACCAGCCGUGCCUGGCGUUGAGGUCAAGCUCGUCGAUGGAGAAAUGCGAUUGAAAGCACCCACGCUGUUCACAAAAUAUAUCUCAGAUGACACAACUCUGACCGAAAAGGCGUUUGAUGAAGACGGCUUCUUCAAGAGUGGCGACUGUGCCACGCUAAAUGGAAACAGCUAUACUCUCCAUGGCCGUGCUAAUAUUGAUGGUUUGGAAAUACACCCCUUGUCAAAUUCGAACACUUUUGCUAACUCGUAUUACAGUAUUGCAUUUCUGGGGCUUCACCAUCUUCACCGGCGAGGUGGAAACGGCGCUUCUAUCGCUACCCUACAUUGCCAACGCUGUUGUCCUGCCUUUGCCUGACAAGGAACAUAAGGAGCGCACUGCUGCCAUUCUGCAACUCAAGCCAGAUCAUCCAUCAAAGCCACCAAGCCUAGAGGCUCUCCGGAAAGAUCUGGAAGACAGCUCGAGUCUUAUGCUGUUCAAGAUCCCUACAGUCAUUUACUGGCUUCAGGCUGGUGAAGAGAUUUCCUUGACGGUCAAUGGAAAGAUUUCCAAGCUUGAUGCCCGCAAGAAGUUCUUUGGCGACGAUUGGCAGAACAAGGACGGCGUGGAGGUUAUGGACUUGUCCGGUAUGGAAUACUGGCGCAUGGGCGGCCAGUGUUAGUCCAAUAAUACACAUAAAUUAGACAUAUCGAAAUAAUUGAAGAAAUAUAAUUCAUGUUUGUCAUCGUCAUCAUCAUCGCGAUCAUCAACUAACCAACAGAGACAUCUUGGUUUCCCCCGAGCUCGGAAGCCAUU